AUGAAGGAUGGGCCGUAUUUCAAACGUCGUUUUCCUAUCGAUCAAGCAAGUGUCAAAGGAAAUGAGGAUCCGGUUGGGCACAUUCCAAAAGACAGCAACUUUGCUGACCUCGAGAACGUGUUAUCAAAGUCAGUGGGCGAAGAGGUAGACCAUGGAGCUGACACGGGGCUUCAUCGCUCCCUCGGGACACGCCAUCUUACCAUGAUUGCGCUCGGGUCUGCGAUUGGAAUGGGCAUGUGGCUGGGAAGUGGCACAUCUCUCGUAAAGGGAGGACCAGCUAGCCUAUUCCUUGGGUUCUUGGUUGCCAGUUCCAUGAUUUGGGCUGUUAGCCAGUCCAUUGGUGAGAUGGCCGUCGUCUACCCGCUUCCAUCCGCGUUCGUGCAAUGGUCUACUAUCUUCAUCAGUCCGGCGGCCGGGUUUGCCUUGGGGUUGCCCAAAGCAGCAUGGAUCUCAACUUUCUGGGUGGUCAUUAUAUUGAUAAAUGUUUGGGUUGUGAGAUUCUUCGCAGAGGUAGAUGUAUCCUCAUCCACUGUGAAAUUUGGCUGGAUGCUCAUUGCUAUCUUCGCAUUGCUAGUCAUCACGGCCGGAGGUGCACCACAGGGAGAGGCAAUUGGGUUUCGAUAUUGGAACACGGAACCAUGUAUCAAUCACUUCAAAGGGUUCAUUACUGUCAUCCCAACCUGCGUGUUUGCAAUGGCUAGCUCCGAAAACGCUACAUUGGUAGCUACAGAAGUUGCGAACCCUCGACGAUCUGUUCCAAAGGCCAUUGGGUCUAUCUGGCUCCGCCUGGGCGUUUUCUAUAUCUUGGGUAGUCUCAUGGUCACUUUGACCGUGGACCCUAGCAAUCCAGAUCUGUUUGGUGGGUCUGGAAGCAAUGCCUCCCCUUUUGUGAUUGCUUUCAAGAACGCUGGUCUGCCGGUAAUGGCUCACAUUACUAAUGCCGUGAUAUUUGUCUCCGUUAUUUCCACCGGCAGCAUAUCUGGAUAUGGAGGCUCUCGCAUGAUGAUGGGAUUGGCCCAUGUCCGAAUGAACCACCGGGUAUUUGCAAGAGCAGAUAAAAUGGGCCGACCUUGGGCGGGAUACAUUGCUACUAUCGGGAUUGGCGGCGCGCUCGCGUAUCUCAACGUGUCAAAUACCGGAGCCGAGGUCUUUACCUGGCUGUCAAAUCUGGUCUCACUUCUCACGCUUUUCGGGCGGGGAAUGAUCUGUCUUUCCCAUUUACGCUUCCGCUAUACCUGGAAGCUCCAGGGUCGCGAUGAAGCCAACCUGCCGUGGAAGACGUGGGCAUAUCCGUACGCCACGUGGUGGGGACUCAUAUGGCGCAUUGCACUAAUUGGCGUGGAGUUUUAUCUUAGUGUUUGGCCUCUGAAUGAGACGCCAUCUGCAAAGAAUUUCUUUGCAAAUUAUAUCAGCGUCGUUGCUGUUGUGGUUAUCUGGAUCGGUGCCCACCUAUGGUACCGUUGCCCGUUGUGGGUUGAUGCAAGCACGAUCAAUAGCGAUGAAUUCCGGCGAUUUUACUCGGAUCAUUGCCAUGAACACACUACGCCGAGAAGAUCUUUCGUGCAGAAACUGAAGAUUGCUUUUGAGUAG